CAGCGAGCAAGGCGAAACUGGCGAUCACAUGACCUGCCCUAUAUCAAUACACAGCCGCCAUUAAUACCAAAAGCAGAGAAACGGAAAAUCAGAGUGACGUUCAGCGAUGGAUUCAAAGCCUCGUCGACUGCCGUUCAUCUCCAGCUCUUCAUCCCUAUCCUCACCUUCACCCAUCUCCUCUUCCUCUGCUCUCAGUGCCAGUCGGCUCUAUGGCAGAGGGAGUGUACUGGGUUCUGAUCGAUUCAGCAGGGGAACAAUGGGAAAACUAGACACAGACUACCAGAGCCCUUGCCUUUCUGGAGCCACCAGAGAUUACAGCUCCUCAGAGAGCCGCCACUCAAGGUGGAAACUGUCCACACCGCUCUCUUCCUCCUCUUCCUCUUCAUCCACAUUAUGUGAACGCCAGUGGACGGAGUCAUCCUAUGGGGGAAGAAGCAAACCUGUUGAUUCACAGAGAGGACUGGGGUCCUACUCCAGUCUUCUUGGCACAGCUCAGGACAGUGAGUCUAAACGAGCUAAGCUGUCCUAUACAAACAGAGCGGCUUACAGCAGAAGCUCCCUCACCUCCACACCCAGCAGCACAUACACCAGCCUGGGAAGCACAGCAGAUUCAUCUUGGAAGUCCACAAUCAGCCCUUUGUCCAGGUCCUCCUCAUCUUCCUCCUCAUCUUCAUCAGAGGGUCUCUGGGCUCGCAGGGAAGCAGAGAAAAGAAAUGAUUCUGGACUGUCUGGUCUGGGGGAGUCCAGCAGCUACAGGCCUUCAUCCCUGAGCUCAUCACUGUAUCGGCCAGAGCGUGUCACUUCCACUUAUGCCCAGGGAGCCCGACCCAAAGAGAGCCUGUACUCAUCCCGCAGAGAAAGCAGCUCAGCCAGUCGCCGUCUUGCCUCAGAGUACCUCUCCUCACCCCUGGAGCGCAGCUCUCACAGACUGACCUCUGAAUACCAACCCAGUUCCCAUCUCUACCGAGAUGCUCCAAGCUCCACCUCCACCCGCACCUCCUCCACCUCUUCCUCGGACCCAUUGUGCCUCUCCUCUUGGAGCUCUUCCCCUUACACACCCCUCAGUGAGCGCACUUCAAGCCCGCCCCAAUGUAGCACUGCCCCUGUGCCAACUCCUGCCCCAGAGGCUGGAGAAUCUGAGGGCAGAAGCACCACCAGACGCCUGUUGUCCCGCCUCUUCUCCAGGCGCUCAAGUCAAGAGUCUAGCUCUGCCUCUAGCACCAAUUCUGCCUCAAGGUCAUUUGACUCUACCACCACUGAGGAGGCAGCUCCGAGUGAAGCCCCGCCCACAGUGAGUAGGGAGAGUGUGGAGACUGAUCCGGCGCAGGCGUUUGCGUUCCUUCGCAGGCGUGAGCAGGCUCUGUCUCCGGUGCAUGAGAAUACAGAUGUGGAGCCAGAGGCAGAGUCACUUCGGCCUCCAGCAGGUCUGUCCUGGCUGAACUGGAACCGCUGCACCCCUCUGUUUUCCCGUCGCCGGAGAGAGGGCCGCGACGAGAGCGCUCGCAUGGAAGCCCGUCGCUCCCCACCGUUCCCCCUCAGCAGCCCAGAGGCGCGCAAAACCUCUGAAAGAGAUGCGCACCAUGAUGAAGACGAUGAUGAUGAUGAAGAUGAGGAAGAGGAUGAUCUGUCAGAAGGAGCGACAGCUAGUCCUCUUGCAGGAGCUUCAGGACUUUCCUCAGCCCUCCUACAGGAUGCUGCUUUUCUGCCAGGGAGGAGCCCUGCUGUUUCUAGGGUGUUGUCUAGCCCUCUGUUCCGUAUGCCUGAAAAUGUGAUCAUUGGAUUGGAUGUUGGAAUGGAGGGGCGGAGUCAGGCUGAGGCACAAGCGAAGGAGAAGCCUGCUCCCUCCAGAGACCCGGAGAGACUGCGGAUGAUUCAGGAAAGUUUGCUGUUGGAGGACUCUGAUGAAGAAGAAGGGGACUUGUGCCGAAUCUGUCAGAUGGGAGAGACUUCCAGUUCGAACCCUCUUAUUGAGCCAUGCCGCUGUACAGGCAGCCUGCAGUACGUGCACCAGGACUGCAUCAAGAAGUGGCUCCGCUCCAAAAUUAGCUCCGGUUCUAGCUUGGAGGCCAUCACUACCUGUGAAUUGUGCAAGGAGAAGCUGCACCUCAACAUUGAGAACUUUGAUAUUAAUGAGCUCUACAGAUCUCAUGAGCGGUCUGAGUACGAGUUCAUCAGCUGUGGUCUGUACCUGGUGGUCCUUCUCCACCUCUGUGAGCAGAGGUUCUCUGAUGUUCUGGGAGCAGUUAAUGAGGCAGGGUUUUUCAACUUGGCGAGAACUCUUCACGAACACAUGGACAAUCUUGAAAGUUCCUAUGCUGAAUCUGAUGAGGAGGAGGUGCAAGACAACAGACCAUCUAUUGACUUCUGUGACUUAGAAGAUGAGGAAGAGGAGGAGGAGUUUUAAUUGUAAUGAAGAAAAAAAAAAAUAAGGAGCAGAAAAAAUGGUAGACAAUCCACCUCCUCCCUGUUCUUCACCUCUGGCGUCCCAGUGAUGGUACCUUAAACACUGUCUACAGCCCUAAGAAGGGCGUUCAUGAUAUGCAGAUUACCUUGUCUCGGGGAGGUGUGUAUGGCACCCGCCACCCUUAGGAUUGGGAAUUUAUAUGUUGGUUUGUGGUUUUGUUUCCUUUCUUUUAUUUUCUCUUUUUUUUUUGCCGAAUGCAUCAUGUGAAGCUUUACUAUGUAAGAGAAGAAUGAACUGUUAAACCAUCUGUGCUGUACACGUUUACUGUGCUAGCACAUGCAUGGAUUGGCACGCAAGGGUGGCAAAGCUGGCAGAGCUUGUGGUAUGUUUGAUAAAGGUGCUAACGGAUUAAGAGAUUCAAGGAGAACCUGAGCUGCGCAUAAUUAUUUAGGGCAUGUUAUGAUGUUGAACUGUAUUGAAGAUGGCAAAAUAAUUCCCUUUAAUUUCUUUUCAUUAAAUGUGACAAAUGGGUUUUGCUUUGAAGUGAGUUUUCAGAGAACGAGUGUGAGAAUGAGGCUACUUUUGAUGAAAGAGUGAGUUCAUAGUCGACUCUUCCAUUGUCUGUUUCAAUGUCGCUUUAUAAUGUAAUUUCUGCUCUGCUUUCUGAUUUCUCAAUUUAAUUACAAUAAUUAAUAAAAGUUUUGCCGUAUGGCGAUACACCGCACAA